AUGCGCUUUCACCUGGUAGUCGAUUUGCCGGCUCAGCCCGCGCCGUGCCUCGGGGAAGCGUCACUUUCCGAGGCGCCUGGCGAUCUUCCCCUCUGUUGUCUCUCUUUUCCCGAGGAGUCUCCCAGCGAGCGGAGACCGGUGGGCGAACGGGGCGCGACCGGUGCGAAGUUGGAAGGAGCUGGAAAGGCCGCAAAUUCAAGCCGAGCGUGUGCGUCUGCAGUUGCUGACGCGUUUUGUCUCCCGCCGUUCCUCCGCGUUCCAAAGCCUCCUCCGUUCCCCGUUUUCCUCAGCUUCGACGCAACUCCCCAUCUCCUCCAGUCCAGAGCCCUGCAUGCGGCGUCUGGCGCGUCUUCUCACUCUUCCACUUCGCUCUCGAGCCUCCUGUCGCGACCACCUUCCAUCGACGGACAGGAGCGGGCGGAGGAAGGGCCCUACCCGAGCUCGGCCUCCUCGAUCUCCUCCUGCGCGUCCUCGCCCGCGUCUCCCGUCACCGGCGGGGCGUCGCGCGAAGCGGAGUCCGGAGAAGGCGGUGCUCGGCACCUGCCUCCGUGUUUCGUCGCCGCCGAAACUGCAGACGCUGGCCAGCCCCGCCCUUCCGCUUUCUCUUCGUCCGCUUCCUCCUCCUCCACUUUCGCUUCUUCUGUUGUUUACGUCCUGGGCGCUCCGUGGACGUUUUCUCUGCCAGCUUUCUUCGGAGCGCUCGACUCUUACUCCCCGUCCAUCGCUAGCGUUCACAUCUUCUCGCCCUCGCUCUUUCCACCGGCUUCCGGCUCUCCCUCUCGCGGCCGCUGUUGCUCGGCUGCGGCUGGCUUUGUCGCUUCGCCGGCUGCGCCGCCGCCAUCCUCGUUCUCUCCCGGGCCGUCUAGAACGCGCGACGGGGGACGCGAGAAAGACGGGGAGGUGGAGAAAGAAGAGGAGGGAGAGAGAAGCGAAGCCGGAGGCUGCACCAGCGGGUUCUAUCUCCUUCGCGGAUUCGUGGACGCCGGGUGCCACCUCGACUCUCGCGCCGAGGCAGACCGAGCAGAAGGGAGGCAGGAGCGAGAGGAAGCGACCGAAUGCGCGGCCGCCGAGACGGACGCGAACCCGCUCGAGACAGAGCGCAGGAGCGAGAGCGGGCAGCGAGCGUUGAGGCGCUGGUUCUGCGUGACGCGCAUGGUGGGACCGGAGGCGCAGAGGAGACAGGGUGAGCGGAGUGCGAGCAGCGAGUGGCACAGAGCGGGAGACGGAGAGGAGGAAGCGGCCGCGAGUGACGAAGAUGAAGCAACGGCCAAGGAGCGGGUUAAAGGGAAAGGCAAGGCGACUCCGAAGCAGUGCGUGGGCGAGACCACGAACUUUGUCUCAGAGGCGCCGGAGGCAGGGCUCCGAAGGCGUCACGCUUCUCCCAAGGCGAGUCGUGGGUCGGCAGACACGCGAGGUUCGGCCCCCUGCAGAGGCCAUCUCGUGGGCUUCUACAGCGCCGUCCUCGUCUUCAAACGCGCGCGCGAUGCUGCACGUUUUUCCAGUGCGUUUCACGGCCUCUCCUUCCCUCACGCCCCUCUCGCCUCGGCCUCGCCCUCGGCGCCGGCGCCGUCUGUCUGGGCCUCGGCGCCGCGGGAUGUCUCUUCCACUGUCCCCGCAGCGCCGGCCGUUCCCGCUCGUGGAGGCGUGCAGGAGGUGCUCAGCGCCCGCGCAGUCGCCAGCGAAGAGCGAAAAAGAAGACAAAACAGACAAGACAGAGAAGCGAGAAAAGAGAGAGAAGUGCGGGGAGUGAGUCGAGAGGCUGGAGCUGCGUCGAAUCAGAGAGAAAGUGCCGCCCUUCGUGGAACGGAAGUCGGUUGCGACUGUCGACACGGAAGCGAGGCUAGGCAGCUGUCGCCUCGGCUUUCUGCUGGCAUGUGUCUGGAUGUCUGCCGUUCCUCUCCGUCUCCUCUCGGGACAGGAGAGGUUGAAGGUCGCCGAGAGGCCGCGCGCUCCGUUUGGAGUUCAGCCGCGUGCUACGUUCUCCCCCUCACGUCUCUCCGCUAUCGGUGCGUCCUCCCCCCGGAGGCUGCGCGAGGGAAGGACCAGGCUCCACUUGAAGGCGUCGGAGAAAGCCCGGACACCGGCGGCGACCGAAUUGCGUGGCGAGCGCUAGAGGCGUUUGGGAGCUCGGCAGAAACGCAAGAGAGACAGAACGAAGGGAGGCGCACUCCUGGGCAGGAAGACGCCCCACGGACGCCCAGCGCCGCUUCUCUGUCUGUUGGGCCAGGUCUCGUGCCCGCUUGUCCUUCGCCCCCUCUCUCCGAAGCUGCUCCGGCGCCGUGGCCGGCGUGGGAAAUUCCAGCGUGUCCUGUGUGCCUCGAGCGCGUCGACGAAACCGCGACGGGAAUCUUCACUCGGCCGGCAGGCUGGAAGGUCGCGGACACUCGUGUCUCUCUCGCGGCUGUCGAGACGUAUCGGAGGCGCAUGCAGGCGUCGCCGAACGAGGCGCGCCGUCGCGGGGAGCAACCCAGAGACGGCGAGGGAGCGGCUGGCGGCGAGGCGGGGCGGAAACAGCCGGACGGGCCGGGACAGCGGCGAGGCAGAUCACCGGUGGGGUGUGCUCGGCCUUGGCCUGUGCCCGUCGCGGGAGUCGCAGAGGAAGUGGAGACCGUCUCGUCUCGCUUUCGUCCUCUCGCCGCCGCGGAGACAGCUGCAAUCGCCACGUGCCGCGUCUGCUUCGCGCUUCUUCUCGCACACUUCGAGGCGGCGCUGGCGAUGAUCCGACAGGAGCAGAAGAAACAGGCGGAGGGGCGAGCGCAGGAAGAAGACCCGCAGGAGCGAGACGCAGGACUCUUUCGCUGCGGCCGCUGCCCGGAAGAAAACGACUUGUGGCUGUGCCUGAUUUGCGGCCACUGCGGCUGUGGUCGGUAUCGCCUUGGCCAUGCGAAGGCUCACAGCGCGGCUACGCGUCAUCGGUUUUGUCUCCACUUGCCUUCUGGGCGCAUCUGGGACUACAGGGGAGAUGUGUUUGUCCAUCGUCUGCUUCUUCCUCUUGCGUCUUCUUCUCUGCCUUCUUUGGUGCUCGCACCUCGUCCUGCGGCGCAUGUCUCCACGCCUGAGGCGUCUCCGGAGAACGACCCUACCAGUCCCGCGUGUCCGUACACCCUGUCUGCCUCGGAGUCGCGCUUUCCUCUCUUCUCGCGUGCACCUGCGCUGCCUCGCUUUCCCCAUUAUCCUCUCUCUCCCUUCGCUUCGCCUCGCUCGCUUCUCUUCAACCUCACCCGACCACGACGCAUCAGCGCCGGCGUCACGUUGCCGAGUGCAGGGAAGAGAGACGCGCCCUACCCUGCAAUGUUUCCCGUCCCAGACCCUCGACAUACUGCUCUGCCAAAUCCUUCUCUCCCAAGUCUCUCGCCUCUUCCUUAUCCCGGUUCUCCUCUCUGUUCCGCCUCUUCCUUCUCGGCUGUCUCUGCUUCUCUCCGCUCUGCGGGCGCCGCGCGGGAAGAGGCGACGGCACGAGAGACGCAGACGAGAGAGACAGGCGAGGGACAGGAGGUUCAACCCUGUCAGGUCCAGGACACGGUCAGUGGCGACAAUCGCCGAGAGCAGACAGGAGGCUCCAACUCGGAUCUCCACCGACUCCAGAGACAGCCCAGUUCCGCUUUUUCGUCUGCGCUGUCGCCGCUUUCGGCCGGAGAGGCGCGAGUUCUUCCAGGCAUCUCCAGGGGGAAGGCCGCGGAUCUCGGCCUCCCCACCGAGCGCGAUUCCUUGAGUUUCCCUCUCUCGUCACCCUCUUUUUCUGACCGGUUCGUUCCGCCUCGCGCUUUCCGGUCCGAGACGCCAGGCGGGUCUCUUGUCCCCUCUGCUGCACGCGGCGCGGAUUUCCUGCCUUCCGAGGCGCGCGCGGUGCGCAUGCAGCCCGAGGUCUCGCACUCCGCAGGGGAGGCCGCAGCAGGCCGAAGCAUUUGUGCGAGCGGCGAGCGAGGCGAGGCGGCGCUCGAAUUCUCCGUGAAGACGGGGCAAGAGACAGGCGGACGCGGAGAGGACAAGCUCUCUCCAGUCGCGGCUAGGCUGGGGGAAGAGACCGGAAGAGUCUCGGAGGACGCGACGGGAAGACGAUCUGCGUGGGAGGGGCCAUGCAACAGGUAUCAUAGCCCCAGUGACUCCCGGGGGGAGUGGGUACCCGGAAACGCGCGUGAAGGCAGUGCCAUGGACGCUGAUGUGUGGCCUUCGCCGUUGUUUGCUUAUCUUCCUCAACCUCCAAGAGACAGCGAGAACCCCCUAGCGUUUCUUUCUUGGACGCAGGCGAGCAGAGACGAAGCGCGAACGGGAGACGGGGCGAGCCAGCGAGGAGCGAGGCGGUACGGUGUCUCGCAGCCCAGGGGGGGCCGAGAAGACUGCGUCUCCGUCUACUCCUUCUGCUCUGCGUGUUCAACUCCGCAGUCGUCUUUGUCCGGCGAGGAACGGAAAACGGCGUCGAUCUCUUCCCCUUACUCCCCCACUGCUUCGCCCUCUCUCUUGCGGCAGCAGCCUGUGGAGGCCAACCAGGCCCUCUGUCGCCUCCCAGCGUCGGGUGUCUCUGCUGCUUUCGUCAGAUCCUCUUCGACGGAGGCUCUUCUGCCUUCGUGGCCGGAUCGGCCUUCGUCGGAGCCUGCGUCUGCGCCCGACCGAAGUGCAGUGUCUCCUGCGCAGCCGCCGUGCGUUCCUCUGCCUUCUCUCUAUGCACCCCAGUGUCCCGCCUUCGUCGCUCCUGCAGAUCGACACGGGUCUUCCCUCGAUUCUUUUCCUGUCUCCGCGGGGGCGAAUCUGACCCCCGCCACCUCACGCCCGCCGCACUGGCGACCUGACGCGUUCUUCUCCUCGUCCAGCUACGUGUGCCUUUCUCCUGUCGAUCUCGGCAAAGAGUCGCAGCUUCCCUUGGCUAGCCCUCCUGAUGCAUCUCUCUCUUCUGUCUGCUCUGCCUUGCCUCUCCCUUGCACGUCUCUGGAUGAUGCUUCCGAGUCACUCUCGCUUCCUUUCUCUUCUUCUCCUUUCCCUUCUCCUGUUCCUUCUCCUGUCCCUUCUUCUGUCCCGACUUCUUCUCUUUCGGCGCCUUUCCCGUCAGGUCUUCCUUCCCCGCUUCCUCUUUCUUCGCAGCCGUCGUCUCAUUCUUCCUUUCUCGCAGUUCCUCACUAUUCGGCCCCUCCAGGCGCCAAUGUGGUGCCGCGAUCUCCACGCCGUGGACCCGCGGCUCCGGCCUUUCCCUCCGCCUCUUCCUCCCGUCUCUCUCCGCUUUCCGCUCCGUCAGUGUCUCCGCCGUUCUCUUCCUUUGCAAGCGCGGGGCCUCCGUCGGAAGCCAGGGAGUCAGGCGCGCCGCAGGCGUCCGUCCCGCCCUAUCCGUCUUACUGUGCUCUCCCCUACCAGUCUCUGCCGCAGUCGCAUCCCCCUGCGUCUCUGCGGUCGUGGUAUCUGCGCGCCCUCGCGCCGCCGCCCCUGUCCUGGAGGAAACGAGACAGCUUCAAUCUGCUCAACCCGUCGGGCGAAGGGAAAAGCGGGACAGAGACUUCGAAACGUGUCGGCGCGUGUGUGCACCGGGAGAGGGAGCGAGAACAGGAGAGAGAGUCGGACCCGCGACGGGGAUCGGCUGCCUUCGCGCCAUUUUCGUCUCCGCUCUUCGCGCGGGACCUCGACCGCGAGGACCCAGGACAGGAAGAGCGGCGGAAACCGGACACCAGAGAAGGCGAGGAAGACAGACGGGCGAGCCUCGGAGGUGGGGAAGGAACUUCUCCCCCGCCGCUCUUCAGAGUCGAGUCGCGAGAAGAAAGGGAACCAGGAGGGCUGCGGAAGCUCUUUUGUGGUGACGACGACGUUCACUUUCUCCACGAGGCGGUGGCUGACGGUCCAUCAGAAGCCGAUCAGUCUUCUUCCGCUUUGUCUCUGUUUCCCUGUCCUUUCCGCGCGCGUUCGCCGCCGUUCCCAGGCGGACCUGGAGGGCGGGAAGAGCGGAGGCCGGACGAGGCCGCGAAGGGCGGAGACAGAGAGGGGCUCUCGGGAGUCGAGCGGAGACAGGGCGCGAGCGGAGACAGUUUCCUUCGCGGCUGUGCUGGGGCCAGUCGACAUGAAGGGCAGGUGGAGAGAAGCGCGGAGAGAACCCCAGAAGCCGAGGCCGACGGGCCGAGUUUUCCACCGUAUAAUCCGUUCACCUGUCUCCCGAGAGGCCUUUUCGGAGAGGAAGGAAUCCUCAUCGUUCCGUCGCUGUCUUCUCCACAGGGAGAGGACAGCGUGGGGGUGGACCAGGGAGCGGCAGGAGACGACGCCUCGUCGGUGCCGUAUCUUUCCUUCACUGACCGAGGCCCACCUUCUCUUCUGCUCUCGUCUUCUCUCUUUUUGUUUCCUAUCGCUGCUUCGCCGCCGCUGCCGUCUCUUCCCUCGCCUUCCGCUCAAAGUGAAGAAGCGGGAAAAGAGGAAGACACUCGGCAGCAUGCAGUCGACGCGCCCACAAGACACGCAAACCCAGGGCGCGCGGGCGCUGACAGCUGGAGCGCGAGAGACCGGUCCCGCGAGGAGGGAACCGCCGUGGGAACUCGCGGCAUGAACGUUUUGCUUCUUCGAGACACCGCGGAUCACGCGACGUGGCAAGAGCAACUCAACAGCGUUCUCGCCAGCCAGCUCGCGUAUCAGCGCGAGAUCUACGAGUUCCGAAUCAGGAGCGAGGAGAACGCGUUCAUCGGGGAGAUUGAGAUGGCGACGGCCACCACAGAAAGCCUAAACGAGCAGAGCGUCAGUUUGCAGGUUCAACUCGCGGACUUGGCGUGUCGCAGGCGAGACGUGCUCAAACGCAUGAAAGCCGCGCAACAGAGAGUCCGACACCUUCGCGAACAGAAUCACUUCCUUCGACAGCUGGUCGAGUCGAUGAGGCAGGCGGGCGCAACGAAGAGUGCGGUGUCUCCGCUCUGCCCUCGGUCUUCUUCCGGUCCUGUGGGUUCGCUUUCCGCCUCUUCUGCCUGUCGCCUGUCCGCCACCGACUCGCCUUCCUGUUCCUCCCCUUCCUCUGCGAGCCCGAGCUCUUCCUCCAUGUCUUUUUCACCUUCCGCCAAGGCCCCGUCGUGCGCUUCGGCGUCCGCUCCUGGCCUUCCCGAGGAGUCUUCUCUCUUCGCUCCCUCGCGUCCUUUGGAGCCGAAGGCGCCUGCGUCCUUUGUCUCCACCCAGGAGACACUUGCUGCGACGGCCUCGUGUGGGGAAGCGAGAGCGACGUCUGAGGCGCCGCCAAUGGCAGCUUCUGUCGACGAGGCUUGUGAGCCUCUGGCCGCAGACAGAGGACGCGGGCGGGGAGUUCGACAUUCUUCGGCCGUUGCUGUCUCUGUUGUCUCGGUUGCGUCGCGCAUUUUGGAGCCCGAGCAGCAGGCAGUCGACUCGAGUCGUCCUUCCUGGUCGCAAGCACUCGCUCAAGAAGGGAAUGUGUCUCCUCGAUCCGCCGUGUCUCCGGCCUUGUCAAUGGAGCCCGAGUCGACGCGGCGGGAAGCAGAGGAACUGCGUGCAACGGAGAGGCAUCUGAAAGAGAAAAAGAGCAAGAAGGCUGCGGAAAGGCGAAAGAGCCAUCUCUCGAAGAAGGCAAAGAAGAAGGAACCCUUGAAUUCGGAGCAGACGCAGCCAGGACCGCACGCCUCCAAGGAGGCGAGCCUCAGCGUAGAUACAGACGGAAGGAAAGACAAACGGCCUUUGGCCAACUCCAGUUUUUCGGGCCCGCUUUCUUCAGGCGGCAAACGGAAGACAGACAAAGGUGAUGAAGCGAAACUCGCAUUGCUGGAUGCCACCGUGAAUGCUCUACAAGCCGAGCUUGCUCGGCUUUAUGACGCUCUCUCCCAGGCUGAACGUCAGUCUUGA